AGAAGCGUCCUCUACAUAUCAAUUCGAUGAGCCAACUACACAGCUUCGCCAUGGCCUCAAGACCGUCCAAAAAAAGGAAGCUCACUCCUCCUCAGUCGGAAGACGAGGAGGCGUCUAGUCGUUCAACCGUCAAAGCCCAGAAAGCCUUCUUCAAGAACGCUUCAAGUUGGGACUUGGAGCAGGAUUACGAGACGAAAGCUCGCAAGGGCAAGAAGAAGGAAAAGGAGAGCACCCGGCUGCCCAUCAAGCUUGCCGACGGUCGUGUGCAUCAGGUUCACGUGCCGGUGGAGGAGGCUGCUUCAGUUGCCAGUGAUGAGGACUGGUUAGACGGCGACGAUGCCUCUGAGGAUGAGAAGUCAGAGGAUGAUGAGCCCGCUUACAUGGAACCGGAUAUUCCUGAGCAGCAGCAAAUUCUAGAAGCGAAGGAAGAGCUUGCCAGAAUAGCCUUGAUGUUGAACGAAACUCCGGAGGAGAAUUCCGGUGCUUUCCGAGCAAUUGCCAAGAUCGGCCAAUCCAGGAUCGAGGCCAUACAGAAACUCACACUAGCCACCCAAUUAGCUGUCUACAAGGAUGUCAUUCCAGGCUACCGGAUACGGCCAGCCGCGGAAAAUAUGGCCCAGGAGAAGUUGUCCAAAGAUGUGCGAUCGCUGCGGUCAUACGAGCAGGCUCUUGUCUCGGGAUAUCAGAAUUACAUCAAGGACCUGGCCAGACACGCCAAAUUGGGGCACAAGCAGCAAGGCGCCAAAUCAAAAGGACCAAGUCUUGCCAACAUUGCCAUCACGUGUGCCUGUACUCUUUUGACGACGGUACCACACUUCAACUUCCGCAGUGAACUGCUCAAGAUAUUGGUGAGCAAGUUGAGUAAAAGGAUUGUGGACGACGACUUCAACAAAUGUCUUCGAGCAAUUGAGACACUCUUCCAAGACGACGAGGAAGGCCGGCCAGCCAUGGAGGCGGUUUCACUGCUCUCAAGGAUGAUGAGAGCGAGGGAUUACCGAAUCGACGAGAGCGUGUUGAACCUCUUCCUCCAUCUGCGACUGCUCUCCGAGUUUUCAGGAAAAGCCUCCAAAGACCGCGUUGAUCACGAUCAUGCAGGGCCCAGCAGCAAGCGGCAGAAGCAAGAGAAGAAGUUCAGGACGAAGAGGGAUCGGAAGGCCAUGAAGGAACAGAAGGCGCUGCAGAAGGAUAUGGACAACGCCGACGCCCUCGUCAGCCACGAAGAGCGAGACCGCAUGCAAUCCGAAACCCUAAAGCUCGUCUUUGCAACCUAUUUCCGCAUUCUCAAAGCACGCAUGCCGCAUCUCAUGGGCGCUGUGCUCGAGGGCCUUGCAAAAUACAGUCACCUGAUCAACCAAGACUUUUUCGGUGACCUCCUUGAAGCUCUCAAGGACCUGAUCCGGCAUAGCGAAGAAGACGAAGAAGAAGGAGAAGAAGACGACAAUGACUACUCCUCCUCGUCCGUUCGUAACCCAACCCGCGAAGGCCUCCUCUGUACCGUAACUGCCUUCGCCCUCCUCGCGGGCCAAGACGCCCACAACGCGCGCGCCGACCUGCACCUUGACCUCUCCUUCUUCACGACGCACCUCUUCCAGACCCUCUUCCCGCUCUCCCUCCACGCCGACCUCGAACUCGGCGCGAAAUCCCUCCACCUGCCAGACCCGGACUCUUCAGCUCCCCACCCCGCCUCCUCCACCGCUCGCAACCGGGUCAACCUCCACACCACUACGGUUCUGCUGAUCAGGUGCCUGACUUCCAUCCUCAUCCCGCCGUGGAACAUUCGUUCCGUGCCGCCUUUGCGGCUCGCGGCGUUCACGAAACAGCUCAUGACAGCAUCGCUGCACAUGCCCGAGAAGUCGACGCAGGCGGUGCUUGCGCUGCUUGCUGACGUGGGCGGCACUCACGGACGCAAGAUUUCGGCUUUGUGGAACACUGAGGAGCGGAAGGGUGACGGGAUGUUUAAUCCUAUGAGCGAUAGCGUCGAGGCGAGCAACCCGUUCGCAACCACGGUGUGGGAGGGCGAGAUUUUAAGGAAGCAUUAUUGUCCCAAGGUACGGGAGGGGGUUAAGAUUGUGGAGAAGGCUAUGGUCCAUGGACGGUAGAUGGGCAGAUGGAAGAUAGAAAUAAAACCUUGAGGAAAUUAUCCUUCAAUAUCGGA